GUGCUUCGCACGUGUACCGGGACCUUUAGAAUGGGUAUGAAACUGACGUUGAAAGUCAACAACAAUGCUGUUUACAAAAGUUUCUCGAAGCGGUCGGACGUAGCAGAGCGCUCCGCAUUUCGGGAUAUAACAAUUGCGUCAGUGGAUUGGCAAAAUAAGUGGUGUGUACAUGUAGGUGAAGGUAAUGAUCGUAGGAAAAGUGUAACUCUAGCAAUAAAGAAAGUACCGGCACAUUGUUCCGAUAAGGAAAUGGGCUAGCGAAAGUAGCAAUCGUGCAUUAACGGGGAAAACUUCUUCAGGAAGCAGAUCUGUUCGGGAAACAGAUUCGAUCGGAAAAAGACGACCAAACGUUCGGAACCACGUGCAAAGGAUGAUAAUGUUUCUGUUUGUAUGUGAUUUGUGAAGGUUUGAGUUUGCUUAAUGUUCGUACUAAGAAGGUUGGCCCUUGUGUUGAAGGUACGGAACCACGGAUGUGCGUGCGCGUGUUAAUGUGUAUGUAGGUGAAAGUGUCCUGCAAGAAGAGCACCAAAUAACCAAUAAGUGAAAAUAAAAGUCCAAUCGUCCAGUUGUGUGGUGUUGCAAAGAGGUGCAUUUUCCGAACCGUACGAUAAGAGAAUCGCGUGACAGGUAACCAGAAAGUGGUUCCCUAUUCUUGACACUUGUCCAAGCAGGGGGACAGAUCAACCGUACGCUGUGUUCGUGUGCAUGAUGACGGUGGCCAAGUUGGUGGUUUGACGUGCUUCUUCUGCUUCUUGCCCCUUUUUUGUACCUAGUGGUUGGAUCCGUCGCGGCGUAAUUCCGUUCCGUGCUUGUGGCCACGGCUGGGAUAAGGUGUGUGUGCGUACGUGUGGACAGCGACGGAAAAAGGGUCCCUCCACGCACUAAUACAUAUACACAGAAGAACGACCGUCACCGCAGCCGGUUCAGAUGUGCUGCGAGCUUGCGGCACCCAGGGUGCUUGGCGUGAGAAAUCCACUCCGUGAACGAGAGUGAACGAGAGAGAGCGAUAGCGCGGCAAAGCCAAAGCGUAACCGGAGGGGAACGGACGUACACAACCGUUCACAGCAGGAAGACGGAAGGAAUAGGGUGGCGAAGGGGGUGCGCCGCGUGGCCUUCGGUUUUGUAGCCGCGCGCCGUGCACUCGCCGUGCCGUUCGCUCGUCGAGGCCAUCGGCGUCAUCGGUCGUCGUUGUCGUGGUCGUGGUCGGUUUUCGGGCCCCGUGGUCGUCGCGUAUCGUGUCGGUCGCGUCCAACACCCCUUUUUUCUCCGCUGGUCCGCCUGUAUGUGCGGUCGUCCAUUUGCCGGGCGCGCUAAGCCUGUGUGCGUCGCGACACGCUGGUGCCCGCGCGUUUAUCUCGCUCACGGGGCGAACGAACAAAAAAAAACAACAAAACGAAACGGGUCGACGCGCGGUGUGUGACGUCGCUCCCUGCCCAACCAUCGUUGCGCGCUCCAUCAACCGUACGGACAUACCGCCCGCCCGACUGGGUGCCAUCUGGGUGACGGGUGAGGGCAAUGGCGGACGAAUUAUUUAUCGUCGAGCCCCAUCGCCGCUAGUGGAGCGUAGGUCCCGGGAAUUGCGUCCCGUCCAGUCGACCUGAAGAAGGUGGACAAAGCAAAACGAAAACGAAAAAAAAAAACGACGGUCACCGACAACAACAACUCCAGCUCCAGCCUCCUCCGCAGAAAACGCAGCGUACCACAAACCGGGUGGAGGACAUCGAGAACAUUCAGUUAGCGGUUGCAUCGGCCAUAAGACGGCGGGUUGUCCGCUUCGGUAGUGUAGUUUUGUAAACGAGAAAAGAAGCAAGUGAAAGUGAAACCUCCUCACAUUUCGCGUACAAUCAUAUACACUAGGUGUGCGUGUAAAGUGUGCUAAGUGAAGGAAUUUUUUGGUUGUAAGCUAGUUUGCUUCAUGCCCGCUACAAAACACUGCCCGAACAAACAUUGCAACGAGACGUGUCCAUCGAAGCACCACGCAAAAGCACACGAUGGCAGAAUCAAAGCAGACACCGCUGUCAGAACCGGAAGAGUCAAAGCGAGAAGGUGGAAGAGAUUCGCCGCGCAUCGAACCGACUGCUUCUCCGGCGGAUACCACAGCAGAAGACAACACCGGGAAGGGACAAGACAGAUCGUCCUGCUCGCCAAUGCGUGAGUCAGCGGAAGCAGCGAGUGAUGAGAAAAGCGAAACAAAAGCAACACUCAAACAAGAAGCAGAAACGACUGAAGAUGAAUCUACGCCGAAAACGGAACCGGAGGAAUCAUCAGCGAAGAAUAGUGUGAAGGCAAUUCCUGAGACAGCACCGGUAGCACCAGAGGUAGAAUCAUUAGAACUGAAGCAAGAAAUCGUUGCGGACGCAACGAUGACAGACAAGCACGAGGAGGAAACAAAGGACACUACACCACCGGUAACCAUGGAGAUGGAGCAGACAGUCGCGCAUGGUGAUAAAGAUGAUGGUGAUGGUAGUGCGGAUGACGCUGCCGUGGAUGCUAAGUGUGCGGCAAACAGUGAACCAAAGGUAGCAGGCGCAGCUGCUGAGCUAAAAGGCGAAAGCCGAAAACGUUCACAGUCUGACCAUAGUAGUCGCAGUAGGAGCAGCAGCUGCAGUAGUACCGGCAGCAAUAGUAACGGAAACAGUACUAGCGCAGAAGGCCGUAGCAGAAGCACUAGCAACGGUGGCGGUAGCAGCAGCAGCAGCAAUAGCAACAGUGAUAGUGAGGGUGCCAGUUCGGCGAAAAAGGUGAAAUUGCAACCGGUGCUGGAGCAACAGUCGAUGAAGCGAGAGCAGGAACAGGUGAAAACUGAACUGGUGGAUGUGGGUAGGAUGGAUGAGGAAAGUGCCACGUCCCAAUCUCCACGGUCUGGCGAGGUGAACGAAACCGACAAAGAGCAGGAGAUAUCUGGUCCGGAAGAGCAACCAAUUUCGGGAGAAUCGUUAAACCUGACAGAGGAAACCGGACCAUCCGCACAGUCAUCCCCGGCCGAAACCGUUACCAUCCAUGAGAAUGAUAUCCCGAAGGAGGAACAGCAGAACGGCAGCGAAGAAGGAAACCAUUCAGAAACGUUGUUAUUUCCACCACCUCCACCUCCUCCACCACUGCCGCGGGUUGAGGCGGACGUAUCGCGUACGGUGGGGAAGGUAUCUACCGUGGCACCGAUACUGGAACGACCGGAUUCAGCCCGUCUGACGGCGGAUCUGCAGAGCUGUCAGCGGCAGCUAGCCGAGGUACGGUCGAAGUACGACGUAACGCGCAAGGAAUUGCACGCAACCAAGCGCAAACUGAAACGCAUGUCGGUGAGGUUGGGCAACAUGACCGGUGGUGGUUCGGUCGCGGCCGGUACCAAUGUGGGCAAUGCGUCGCCACAUCCACUGACCGUUGGGCCUGCGGACGAGGACCGUAACCGGAAGUGGCGUGAACCGAUGAUAGUGGCAGCGAUGAAAAUCAAGACAGCCAUGGGCAUCCAGGCGUACAAGUCGUUGAUCAAGGACGGUGAGCUGCUGCUACCUAGCUUGCGUACCAUCACCCGGUAUCUGGAGUCAUUGCGUAAGUCUGGUGGAGCAGCAGCGGCAGCGGCAGCCCUGGCGAAUGCGGGGGCUGCUGUAACGAAAGUGACCGCUCCGAUCGAGGUGGAUGACGUGCCGGAAGAGGAAGACGACGAUGAGGAUGAGGAGGAGGAGGCUGCCGUCGUGUCGGUGCGGACGGACGGUGUACUACAACGAAGGUUGGAACAAUCGGGUGGAAAGAAGAAACAGACGAAGGCCAACGGUAGUGGUACGGGACGGACGGUUGAUCACAAUCGGAACGAACAGAGACGACAUCCGUCGUACAAUUCUCACCAGCACCAGCAGCUUCGGCAUCAUGCACCGGAUGUGCAGCUGCAGGAUAUCAAAACGGAGCAGGAUCCCGUCAGUUUUACCGCAUCGCCAGAUAUAAACUACUACCAGCACAAUGCGGACGAUGAUGACGAUGAGGAUGAAGAUGGAUACCAAGAUCCGACAUCCUUGCUGGAAGCGAGCCGUUAUGAGGAAGCUGCUGGAAUGCAUUUGAAUGGCGAGGAUGGCAGCUAUCAUUACGGCCAAGGACAAGGACAGCAACCGCAACAGCAGCAAACACUGUCACAGGCACAAAUCGAGUUCCUUAAGUCGAUGGUGGGCUUCCGGAAGAAGUGGACACCGUACGAGCUGCGAACAUGCAACGACAUCCGGCGUAUCAUUGGUAGCCGGGAGUAUGAAUCAUUGCGCCGGAAGGACGGUAUGCCACUGCCGAGUGUGAAGACGCUUCGCAAGUAUCGCCACGCCGCCCACGUGCCGGACGGUGUGGACGUAAUGGGUCGGAAGCGUAAGCUCAACGAAAUGGACGACUCGCCCACGAAUCAAUCGCGUACGGUACCACGAUACGGGUCUGCGGGAGGUGGAGUAGAGUCCGGUACCGGUCCGGUUGACAAUGGUUCCGGUGUGCUGUUUCCGUUCGGCAACGAUACGGAUAAGGAGCUGCUCAAACCGGAACACGAUCCCGACGGUGGUCAUUUUGAUGUGAGCAUACUAACGCUGCCACAGAUUAGUUUCCUGCAAACGCUCACCAUGAACACGAAGGGCUUUUCCGACUACGAGCUGCAACGUUCGCUCGAACUGAAGAAUGAGCUUGGUAGUGGUAGCUACGAAACGCUGCGGAAACAGGAGUUUCUUAACAUUCCAACGCUGGCAAUGCUAACGCGCUAUGAGCAGGAUAACGGGCUGGAAGAUCUUUCCCGGCUGAGCGGUCGCCGAGUUGGUGGUCCUGAGCGAAAGCGACAUAAGUCAGAUGAGUCAUCAGCGCUUGAGCUAGCCCAGGAACAGGAAGAACAGCGAAACCGUGAGCUCGUGGAGCAGCAGGCACGCGAACAGCAGCAGCAGGAGCAGGAGCAGGAGCACCAGCGACAACUGGAACUGUACAACCGGUUGACACAGGCGGAUCCGUCGCGUCAUCCGCUGUUCGAUAGCAUCGCUGGAGAUGCCUCUCCCACCGAGGGUGCAAAUCCUGUACUAACAGCGGCCGCCAUUGCUGCAGCGAUGGCUGCAGCAGCCGCGGCCGGUAUACAUCCUUCACAGCUGGACCAUCUGAACGGCAGUGCGGUCGGUGGGGAAGAUUCCUCGUUGAGCAUGUUCGAACAUCAUUCGAUCUUCGACAAGGAUACGCCUAUGUUCGACAUGACCAAGCUGUCACCGGCACAUGUAGAGUUUCUCAACACACUGCCGGAGAAUCCGAAGCGAUGGACGCAGGAGAUGAUCAAUUCGGCGCUUGACAUUAAGAAUGAAAUCGGUACGCGUGAUUAUGAAAUUCUGCGCCGACAGGGAAUACCGUUGCCGGCGGCCAGAACACUGCGACGGCAUAAGGACAUCCGCAACAAGGCAGAUCGUGCGAUGAGCGAAACGGGGGAAAUAUUACCCGGCAGUGGUUCUGCCACUCCGGCAGGUGUUGUGGGUGGUAGCGGAUAAAUAACUCGUUGUCUCGAAUUUCCCCUGCUUCUUGUAGGGUUCCUCGUAGAAAGUCCCAUACCGUCGAGCGCGAGAGAGAGAGAAUUAAAGGGGGCUAAUAAGUAAAUGUACCUGUGCCAGAUAAGUUUUAGUUUCAUGAAAUAGCCAAGAGUAAAGAGCAGAAUAGCAAAUCUGCUAGCAGAAUAGUAGAGAUAUGGCACAAACGAAAGAGAACGGUGUAGACAGUAAAGAUCUGUGUCUGAACUGAUCGUAUCUGAAAGUUGUGUGAAGCAAGCGCCAAUGUUUUACUUUGUUGUGAUUGUUGGAAUGUCGUCGGAUUUACGCUAUUAGCAUAUCAGUAAAUAGUAGUCAGAAGGGAGAAGAAAUCGACUGGAGUUUCUUUUCUGCACCGUGAUUAAUUUUACUUAAACUUUAUAAUAAUUCCUAUUCAAGAGACCGAUCGUCAGCGGGGUAAUGAAUGACAACAAUGCAGUAGUAGAUGGUAGCCAAAUAGAAAAUAGUAGAUAAAGCUGCCCGUUUGUAAUACGCCGGAAGAAGAUCUGGCAUGCACCAAAUACAUGGAUCGGUUUCAACGUGAACCACCGAUAGAUCCAUGCGGCAACUCAAUUAGUGUAAAUAUUUAGCUUUCUACGUGGUAGAUGUUAUCAAGCACAAGUAAGGAAUAAUAGAUGGGAUGUGUCCUUUACGAGCAAUUACAAAGAAACGAUUACGAAAGUCAGUAACAGAAACGAAAUAGUCUAUUGAGAUUGUUAAGCAAGAUCAUUCGAACCGAUGCCAACCUACACGUGUGCCAGAAGGAUAUAGUAUCAAUGGUGCGUGUACAUGGAUGGAAAUCUCAUCUGUAAAGAAUUUUAUCUCUAGAUGUGUAUUGAUGCAAAAGUUUCGUCCUUAAGAGAGUGUACAUAUUUAUGUAAAAUGCACUAGCCUCGAUAUUUGGCUACCUGCUUUGACCUUAUCUAUCGGAUGGAAACAAUCAAUGGAAUUCGUUUACCUUGAGACCACAAACUAAUGUUACGAAAUAAAUCUUGAACGAUAUCGAGAUUCUUAUGAAUCUUCUGAAAUGAUUAA